AAACGACGAGGUAAACAACUACCAUGUUGAGAACACUUGCCGAUACUUUUUUGUGAGUGGACAUGGCCGCGCGCAGUGUUGGGUCGAGUGACAAGUAUUCAAUUUUGUUACCUACGUAUAAUGAAAAAGAUAAUCUUCCUAUUAUCAUUUGGCUUCUUGUCACUUAUAUGGACAAAUCGGGCUUUAAUUAUGAGAUAAUAGUUAUUGAUGAUGGGAGUCCAGAUGGCACUCUUGAUGUUGCAAAACAAUUGCAGAAUAUUUAUGGGGAGAGCAAAAUAUUGUUGAGGCCAAGACCCAAAAAGCUAGGGUUAGGUACAGCAUAUAUUCAUGGUAUGAAACAUGCUUCUGGAAAUUUCAUUAUAAUAAUGGAUGCAGAUUUAUCCCAUCAUCCAAAAUUCAUUCCAGAAUUUAUUGAAAAGCAGAAGCUGUGUAAUUAUGAUCUUGUAUCUGGCACUCGAUAUAUUGGUUCUGGAGGUGUAUAUGGAUGGGAUUUAAAGCGAAAGUUAGUUAGUAGAGGAGCCAACUUCUUAACACAGUUAUUACUGAGACCAGGAGCCUCAGAUCUGACAGGAAGUUUCAGAUUGUAUAAGAAAGAUGUGUUAGAAAAACUUGUUGAAUCAUGUGUGUCAAAAGGAUACGUGUUCCAGAUGGAAAUGAUAAUAAGAGCACGCCAGUUUGGCUACUCGAUUGGAGAGGUGCCAAUAACAUUUGUCGACAGAGUGUACGGUGAAUCAAAACUUGGUGGAUCUGAAAUAUUCCAAUUUGCAAAAGCUCUUCUUUAUCUGUUUGCCACUACCUAAAAUUGUAAUUUCCAUUGAACCAAUAAAAUGUUUACCUUGUUUUCACUUUGUUUUAUGAAAAACAUUUCAUCACAUGAAUUGAUUAUAAAGUGUGGAUUGUAAUGUUCUUGAUUUGAAUAGAUUGAUACCUUUCAAAGUUCCUAAAAUCAUUUAC